GCCGGUGGUUGACCAAUCCAGUCGAAGAAGAACCACUUCCUUUUCUGGCUCAAGAGACCGACACGACCGUCGCGCAGUCUUUCCUUGCCAACACCGCAGCAAAACUGGAUUUUAUCACUAUUCAAACGCGAGAGAAGUGUCACAGAAUACAUUUUAUAAGGACGUAGAUUGGGCCAUUUCUUCAGACAUGUCUCGGUUUUUUGCCACCGGGUCUGACAGUGAGUCAGAGGACUCCUUAUCAGCAGAUGAGAUUACCCCCAAAGCACCCGGGACCACUUUCAAGCAGUCACUGCUGCUCAGUGAUGAUGAGGAAGACACCAAGAGAAUUGUGCGCAGCGCCAAAGACAAAAGGUUCGAGGAGUUGACCAAUCUCAUCAAGACUAUCCGUAACGCCAUGAAGAUUCGGGACAUGUCCAAGUGUUUGGAGGAGUUUGAGCAGUUAGGUCGAGCGUUCCUCAAAAGCAAGAAUAUAGUCGACAAGGAAGGUGUUCCUUCUUUUUACAUCCGUCUAUUGGCUGACCUGGAAGACUACCUGAAUCAGCUUUGGGAGGACAAAGAAGGCAAGAAGAAGAUGAACAAGAACAAUGCCAAAGCCCUCAGUACACUCCGACAGAAGAUCCGAAAGUACAACAGGGAUUACGAGAAGGAAAUUGCUGCUUACAAGGAGAACCCUCAGGAGUCUGCAGAUGAAGAGGAGGAGAAGGGACAAGAUGAUUCAGGUUCAUCCUCUGACAGCAAUGAUGAAGGUGACGAGGACGGUGUGUCCGCCAAAUCCUUCUUGAAGAAAAAGCCAGAGGCCACGCCUGAGGCCAGCAAGUUCCUCAAACCUGCCAAAGGAUCCGGGGACGAGUCGUCCUCUAGUGACGAUGACGACGACGAUGAAGACUGGGGCUCUGACACAGUGGACACUGGCAGUGAGAGCUCCGAUGGAGGAGACGGGGUAAAUGCAUCUCUUGCCAUGGUCUUCCUCAAGAAGGAAAAGGGGCCUGACAAAGGUGGUGAAAAGGUUGGGAAAAAGAAGAAGCUCAAGAAGAAGGAGAAGCUGGGGGAGGAGGCUGAGGAAGAGGGAGGAGAGGAGGGCGAAGGAGGCUGGGAGAAGGUGAAGGGAGGUGUCCCUCUCGUCAAGGAGAAGCCCAAGAUGUUUGCAAAGGGCACCGAGAUCAACACGACGGUGGUGGUGAAAAAGCUCAAUGAGAUUCUGCAAGCCAGAGGCAAAAAGGCCACAGACCGGACUGGUCAGAUUGAACUGCUCAAUGCCCUGGCAACCAUCUCUGCAGAGAAUAACCUUGGUGUAGGAGUGACGGUCAAAAUUAAGUUUAACAUAAUUGCUUCGCUGUACGACUACAACCCCAACCUGGCAACCUUCAUGAAGCCGGAAAUGUGGAAGAAGUGUCUGGAAUGCAUAGAGGAGCUGCUGGACAUAUUGUUUGCCAACAAGAACAUCUUCAUUGGGGACAACAUUGCAGAGGACAGUGAGAACCUGGCCAUCAUAGAAUCGGAGCCUUUCAGGGUACGAGGCUGCAUCUUAACUCUAGUGGAGAGGAUGGAUAAAGAAUUUACUAAGAUCAUGCAGAACACCGACCCUCAUUCUCAAGAAUAUGUGGACAAUCUUAGAGAUGAAGGGCGUGUUUGUGGCAUCGUGGACCGCCUCCUCAACUACUUGGAGGGCCAUGGCACUCCGGAGGACAUUUGUCGCGUCUACCUGCGGCGAAUCAUGCACACGUACUACAAGUUUGACUACAAGGCUCACCAGCGCAGUCUGGGCAUUCAGGGAGAAACAAAGGACCAACAGGACCAGGAGGAGAGCGAGGGCGAGGACAGCGCCGUCCUCAUGGACCGCCUCUGCAAGUUCAUUUACGCCAAGGAUCGCACUGACCGCAUUCGCACAUGUGCCAUCCUCUGCCACAUCUAUCACCACGCGCUGCAUUCGCGAUGGUACAAAGCCCGCGAUCUGAUGUUGAUGAGCCACCUGCAAGACAACAUCCAGCACGCCGACCCACCAGUGCAGAUCCUCUAUAACAGAACCAUGGUCCAAUUAGGCAUCUGUGCGUUCCGUCAAGGAAUGAUCAAAGAUGCCCACAAUGCCUUGCUGGACAUCCAGUCAUCAGGCCGCGCCAAGGAGCUCCUGGGUCAGGGUUUGCUUAUGAGGAACAUGCAGGAGAGGAACGCAGAGCAGGAGAAGAUUGAAAAGAGAAGACAAGUGCCGUUCCACAUGCACAUCAACCUGGAGCUCUUGGAGUGUGUAUACCUAGUGUCGGCCAUGCUACUGGAAAUCCCUUACAUGGCCGCCCAUGAGUUUGACGCCCGCCGCCGAAUGAUCAGCAAGCAGUUCCAUCAUCAGCUCCGAGUGGGAGAGAGACAGCCACUGCUUGGACCCCCAGAGAGCAUGCGGGAGCAUGUGGUGGCAGCCAGCAAGGCCAUGAAAAUGGGAGACUGGCGCACCUGCCACUCUUUCAUCAUUAAUGAGAAGAUGAACAGUAAAGUGUGGGACCUGUUUCCCGAGACACAGCGAGUGCGAGAGAUGCUCGUCAGGAAGAUCCAAGAAGAAUCGCUGAGGACCUACUUGUUCACGUACAGCAGCGUGUACGACUCCAUCAGCAUGGCGACGCUCGCCGACAUGUUUGAGUUGGAGAUUGCUACAGUUCACAGCAUCAUCAGCAAAAUGAUUAUCAACGAGGAACUGAUGGCUUCUCUGGACCAGCCCACACAGACGGUGGUGAUGCACCGCACAGAGCCCACCUCCCUGCAGAACAUGGCCCUGCAGCUGGCUGAGAAACUGGGCAGCCUGGUGGAGAACAACGAGCGUGUCUUUGACCUGAAGCAGGGCGUCUAUGGCGGCUACUUCAACAGAGAUCAGAAAGGCGGAUAUCAACAGAAACAGUCAUACCAGAGAGAUCAGAAGGGCGGUUACCAGUCCAAACAGGGUGGUUACCAGGGUGGUUACCAAGGUGGUUACCAAGGUGGUUACCAGGGUGGUUACCAGGGUGGUUACCAGGGUGGUUACCAGCGUGGAGGCUACAGGAAUCAGAACCAAGGCAACUACUGACCUUAGCAUAUUUACAUUCCAUUUUAUCAUCGAGCACCACCUGGCUGCACCAUCUGAUUGAACGCUGUUUGUGCUGAGUUGGAACAAUACAGUUUAUUUGCAGUGUGAUCAGUUAUCUAAAUAAACCAUCUCGAAUAGUC